AUGGACUACGUUGGGGCUGUCGGCCAGCUGGUCGCUCGGUCGUCGUCUAGCGACCCUAGCGACACCUCCAGCUCGGCGUCUGCUUUCUUAACUACGCUGAUUCCAUCUCUGAUCUCUUUUGCUGUAAUGGUGCUGCUGUUCAUCAUUCUCCGUAAGAAGGAGCACCGUCAAUACAUGCCCCGUACCUACAUUGGUUACCUGAAGGACUGGCAACGCACCCCUGAUACUCCUACUGGAUUCUGGAACUGGGUCAAUGCUAUGUACCAGUUGCCCGAUACCUAUGUCCUUCAGCACCAUGCUCUGGAUGCUUAUUUGCUGCUGCGUUUCCUCAAGAUUGUAGCUCUCAUCAUGUUUGUCGGCUGCUGUAUCACCUGGCCCAUUUUGUUCCCGGUCAACGCGACUGGUGGCGGUGGCCAGAGCCAAUUGGAUCUGCUGAGCAUGUCCAACGUCUCCGAGGACCAGUACGGUCGCUACUUCGCUCACUGUUUCCUGGCCUGGAUCUUUGUCGGGUUCAUUUUCAUUAUGAUUACCCGUGAGCACAUUUUCUACAUCAACCUGCGCCAGGCCUACCUCUUCUCGCCCGCCCACGCCAGCCGUAUCUCCUCACGUACUGUGCUGUUCUCCGCCGUUACCGAAGACUAUAUGGACAAGGAAAAGAUUCGUGGAAUCUGGGGCGCCAACAAGGUUAAGAAUGUGUGGCUGGGUACCGAUACCAAGGAAUUGGAGGAAAAGGUCAAGGACCGGGAUGCUGCCGCUUUGAAGCUGGAGGCUGCGGAGACCAAGCUCAUUGUCAUGGCCAACAAGGCGCGUGCCAAGGCCCUGAAGAAGCAGAACAAGGGUGCCAGUCCCGAGGAAGGUGACACUGCCGCCGAGGAGAUCAUUGGCGAAUUUGAUGAUGAGUCUGGCUCUGUGGCCGCCCGCUAUGUCGAGGCCAAGGACCGUCCUACUCACCGUUUGAAGUUCUUGAUUGGCGAGAAGGUUGACACCAUCAACUGGGCCCGUUCCGAGAUUGAGCGUCUUUCACCCGAGAUUGAGGAAUUGCAGGCCAAGCACCGCGCCGGUGACGUGCCUCUCGUUUCAUCUGUGUUUGUCGAGUUCUACAACCUCACCGAUGCUCAAUCUGCCUACCAGUCCGUUGCCCACAACCUGCCCCUCCACAUGACUCCUCGCUACAUUGGUCUGGACCCCACCCAGGUUAUCUGGUCCAACCUGCGCAUCAAGUGGUGGGAGCGUAUUGUUCGCCACAGCGCUACUACCGCCUUUGUUGUUGCUCUGAUUAUCUUCUGGGCUAUCCCAACUGCUGCGGUUGGUGCUAUUUCCAACAUCAACUUCCUGGUCUCCAAGGUUCAUUUCUUGUCAUUCAUCAACGAUGUCCCCAGCUGGAUUCGUGGUGUGAUCACUGGUCUCUUGCCCUCUGUCCUUAUGGCUGUCCUCAUGGCCUUGGUCCCCAUUAUCAUGCGUAUUUGUGCCAAGCAUGGUGGUGACCCCAGCCGCGCCGCCAUUGAGUUGACCACCCAGAACUACUACUAUGCCUUCCAAGUUGUGCAGGUUUUCCUGGUCAUUACCCUGUCCUCUGCUGCUACCAGUGUGGUCACCUCGAUUAUCAAGGACCCUGGCUCUGCUGCUUCCCUGCUUGCUGAAAAUAUUCCCCGCGCCUCCAACUUCUAUGUGUCCUACAUUGUCCUGCAGGGUCUUUCAUUCAGCGCCGGUGCUCUCUUGCAGAUUAGCGGUCUGAUUGUUGGCAAGCUCCUGGGUCGUCUCCUAGACAAGACCCCUCGUAAGAUGUACAGCCGUUGGUCCAACCUGGCUGGUCUGAGCUGGGGAACUGUCUACCCUGUCUUCACCAUGCUUACCACCAUUGGUAUCAUCUACUCUUGCAUUGCUCCUCUGGUCAUGGGCUUCGCCUGCAUUGGUUUGUACCUGUUCUACUUCGCCUACCGCUACAAUGUUCUCUACGUCUCGAACUCCACAAUCGACACUCAGGGCAAGGCCUACACCCGGGCCCUGCAGCACAUCACUGUUGGUUGCUACCUGCUUAUGGUCUGCUUGAUCGGUCUGUUCGCUAUUGCCAGUGGUUCUAACCAGAUUGCUGUUGGUCCCUUGAUCCUGAUGAUCAUCUUCCUGAUCUUCAUCAUCCUGUACCACAUGUCGAUGAACAGCGCCAUGGAGCCACUGAUACAUUACCUGCCCAAGAACAUCGAGGCUGAGGAGGAAGCCCUCCUGGCCGCCGACCGUAGGGAAAUCACCGGCUCCGUUGACGAGACCAAUGGCGCUGGUGCUACCAAGAGCGAGCACAACGGUGUUUCCAACAUCGACAGUGGUGUCGGUAGCGUUGAUGCCGCUGAGAAGGGUAUCAAUGGCGAUGGCCCUGUCACUGAAAUCCCUCAGGGUAACUUCUUCUGGCGCUGGGCUCGUCCUGAUAAGUACUACCCCUACGCUACUCUGCGCCGUCUUGUGCCCAACCCCUUGGACAUCGAGACCUACCCCGAGGUUGUCGAGCGUGAUGCCUACUGCCAUCCUGCCGUCAACUCUCAGCCUCCCCUCCUCUGGAUCCCUCGUGACAAGCUUGGCAUCAGUGCCCAGGAAGUUGCUCACACCAGCCGUGUCAUCAACAUUACCGAUGAUGAGGCUUGGCUUGACGAGAAGAACAAGAUCCAGUGGAACAUGGAGGGCCAGCCCCCUAUCUUUGAGGAGAAGAUUAACUACUAA